AAGUUGAUAGUUAGGCUUAUGUAACCGAUGUGAAAUGGCUAGUUAGUUAGCGGUGGUACGCGCUAAUGGCGUUUCAACCAGUGACGUCACUCGCUCUGAGACUUGAAGUGGGGUUUCCCCUUGCGUUGCAAGGGCCGCGGCUUUUGUGGCGCGAUGGGUAAUGAUGCUUCGUUGGUGUCAGUUGUUGAUGUGUGCAAGGGUCCCUGGUUCGAGCCCAGGUUGGGGUUACACUUAUCGCAUGUAAAGUGAGUUACGCAAAGUGGACAAAUUGAUGGCAGCAAGAGCAAGCUGGUGUUCGGUCUCUGGCUGCACUUUAUACAGGAAAUCAAGGGAAGACGGCACCACAUGUAGCUGUUGUCCUAUAAAAGGUACGGAGAGUUGCAGGAUAUGGUUAGUAGCAAUUCAAAAUAGUAAAUUUGAUUUACUGUAAAUAAUCCAGCAGCCAACCUUGCAUCGCUGCAUGUGUGUAGCAAGUACUUCGGCGACGAUGCAUAUGAACGAGAGAUGCAAUCGGAAAGGACAAGGUACAACUGUUGCUACUGUAUUUCCAUGGACUGGAUCUGGCGCAGUGCCAAAAUACAAAAUCGCGUUUGAGAAGAGAAAGCGUCAAAGCAAACGUGCGAAGGAGACUGAGAGCAGCAGGAAAAGGGAGGAGUGUGAAGAUCUUGACGAGGCAGUAAAGAAAAAUAAUCAAACAUGUCAGACUUUGGAGAAUGAGCUUCAAGAUGUUCUCCAGGAGAAGAAGCACUUGAGUCUCCACUUGUUCAACAAUAGCCAGAACACAGUCCAAUAUGAACAGGUGAAGUCAGAGUAUGCGCAGCUCAAAGAGACCCUUGGUGCUGUGACUCAGGAGAGAGAUUCAGCCCUGCGGGAGAAGACCCAGCUCCAAGGCAAACUGGAGAACCUAGAGCAGGUGCUAAAGCAUAUGCGCGAGGCUGCAGAGCGGAGGCAGCAGCUAGAGUUGGAGCAUGAGCAAGCCUUGGCUGUACUCAAUGCAAAGCAGCAGGAAAUUGACCUUCUGCAGAAGGCUCAGGUUGAGGCUAAGAAGGAGCAUGAGGGUGCCGUCCAUCUGUUAGAGAACCACUUGGACAGCAUGCAGGCAAAAGUCCGAGAGCUGGAGGAGAAAUGUCGGACACAGAGUGAGCAGUUCAACCUCCUGUCCAAAGAGCUGGAGAAGUUCCGGCUACAGACUGGAAAGUUUGAUAUCCUUGGCAGUGGCAUCGAUCCCUUAACAGCGCGUGAAACCCCCGGUUCUCCCAACAAAUCCCUCUCCCAGCUCCUCAAUGGGCUGGCUGCCCCCACAGUGAAAGGCAAUGAGAGUCCGCUGAGCAGAUCUGUGAUCUCUGAGUUCAUCCGACCGCUCCAGAUCAGUGGGGACAAGCCGGAGCUCCUGUCUGUAAAGCCAACAUUCCUCACCCGCAGCAGCAGCCAAGCUGGGAGCUCCCAACGGGCCCUCCUCACCGAGAUGGACAAAGAACUAAGCUCAACGACUAGGACCAAGAAGAGGUUCACAGGCAAGGUCCGUCUGUGCAUCGCCCGGUACAGUUAUAACCCCUGUAAUGGGCCCAAUGAGCAUCCUGAGGCAGAGCUCCCCCUGGUGGCAGGGAAGUACCUCUAUGUGUACGGCACCAUGGAUGAUGACGGCUUCUAUGAAGGAGAGCUGCUGGAUGGACAGCAGGGCCUCGUCCCUUCCAACUUUGUGGACUUUGUUAAGGAUGAGGAAAUGCCCUCUGCUCAGCACAGGGACGGGGCCAAAGAGUCAGGCUACCUCAGUAGUAACCACAGCAGCCUGGGCUCCACAGGGCUGGGCAGCAUGUGCCUGAGCAGCAUCAGCAGCCUGCUGUCUGACAGUAAGCUGGACCUGGAGACCAGCCUAGAGAGAAAUAUGGAGAGAAACCUGGGGAGCAACCUCAGUUCCACUUUGGGUUCUACUCACUGUUCCACUCUUGGCAGCCACAUGGGUUCCACUCACGGUUCCACUCUGGGCAGCCACAUGGGUUCCACUCUGGGCAGCCACAUGGGUUCCACUCUGGGCAGCCACAUGGGUUCCACUCUGGGCAGCCACAUGGGUUCCACUCUGGGCAGCCACAUGGGUUCCACUCUAGGCAACCACAUGGGUUCCACUCUGGGUUCCAGUCACGGUUCCAGUCACGGUUCCACUGGCCUGGGUUCCAGUCUGAGCAGCACUCUGACUAGCCUGGGCAGCAGCAGCCUGGGCAUGGACUUUCUGGGCUCCAUGGGUUCCUGCAGUAACGGGACGGGGACCCUGGAUGUCAGCAUUGACGAGAUUGGUGAAAACAUCGUGCCUUACCCUCGCCGCAUCAAUCUGAUCAAACAGCUGGCCAAGAGUGUGAUCGUGUGCUGGGACCCACCGGUGGUGCCGCCCGGCUGGGGCUCCAUCAGUGGCUACAACGUCCUGGUGGACAAGGAGGUGAGGAUGAGCGUGCCUUUUGGAGGCAGGACAAAGUCGCUAAUUGAAAAGCUCAACCUGGCCACCAACACCUACCGCAUCUCGGUGCAGAGCAUCACGGAGCAAGGCCCGUCUGACGAGCUACGCUGCACUCUGCUGGUGGGGAGGGACGUGGUGGUGGCUCCUUACUACCUGAGGGUGGACAACAUCACACAGACCUCUGCUGAGCUCUCCUGGCAGCCUAGCAACAGCAACUACAGCCACACCAUCUUCCUGAACGAGGCUGAGUAUGACAUGGUGAAGGCAGGGGCCUACAAGUACCAGUUCUUCCAACUGAAGCCCAUGACCGUUUACAAGGUGAAGGCUGUGGCGCGGACACACCAGAUGCCUUGGCAGCUGCCCUUGGAGCACAGGGACAAGAGGGAGAUCUCUGUGGAGUUCUGCACCCAGCCUGCAGGUCCUCCCUUCCCUCCCCAGGAGGUGCAGGUCCAGUUGGGCCAGAACCCUGGGGUGCUGCAGGUACGAUGGAAGCCCCCCCUCCUCACCCCCACUGGAACCUCCAACGGAGCCAACGUGAUUGGCUAUGCCGUGUGCACAAAGGGACAAAAGAUAGCGGAGGUGAUGUACCCUACGGCAGACUAUGUGACAGUGGAGCUGAACAGGAUCCAGUGUCUGGAGGCCAGGGAGGUCAUUGUCAGGACGUUGUCAGCAGAAGGAGAGUCUCAGGACUCCCCCGUGGCCACCAUACCGUACAAUAUCCUGGGGCCUCCCCAUCACUCACCCCACCAUCACCCCCAUCCUAUGCCCCAGCACCACCCGCCACACACACAAACACACCCACCCUACCCCCAGACCUACCCCUUGUCACACCCCCAACCUCAGGUCCACCCUCAAUCCCAGCCCUACACCCUGCCCCAUGGUCAGCCCCUGCGCCACCCACCCCCUCACCCCCACCCCCAACACCAGCCUUACCCCAUGUCUAAGCCCAAACUAGUAAGUGCCAGAGAGUCAGAAACCAAAGAGCAUGAGGCAGGCCUGCGGCCUGGCCUGCCCUGGGAACGCUCCCUCUCGCCCCUCCCUCCUCCCAUGUGUGGACACACUCUGGAGCCGCCCCACUUCCAGGGGCGCCGUUCGCCCUCUCCUCAGAGGAUCCUGCCCCAGCCUCAGGGAGCCCCCAUCCCCAACACCAUUGCCAAGGCCAUGGCCAGGGAAGCUGCACAGAGAGUGUUCGCUGAGAGUAACCGGAUUGAGAAGAGGAACAUCUUCAGUGAGCGGAGCAUAAACUCUGAUGAGGAGGAGGAUGGUUAUGACUCUCCCCACACCAGGAGGAGAGGGGCUUCAGUGGACGAGUUCCUCAGAGGCUCUGAACUAGGGAGACAUGUACGGCACCACUACAGCCACAGUGAAGAUUACCAGACAGAGAGCAGCCGCGGCUCAGACCUGUCUGACAUCAUGGAGGAGGACGAGGACGACCUGUACUCUGAGAUGCAGCUGGAGGAGGGCCGUCGACGCAGCAUCAACUCUCACAACACUCUCAAGAAGUAUUACAGGCGUCAGGACCUGGGAGAGGAGAGGGACUGCUGGAACCUACAGAGGGAGGUGGUGAGACAGAAGUCCCUACGUCGUAAACGGCUCCACAGCAUCCCUGAGGUGGCUGAGGACGAGCCUGACGGAGUCAAUGGGAUGGGUCAUCAUCAUCAGCGCCUGCGCUUUGACGACGAAGGCAGGCCUGGUACACCCCGCAUGCAUCGCAGGGGCCCCCGUAUCUACCAGCAGGACCCCCAUCAGCACAACCACCUCUCCCCCAGCAAGAACCACCGUCGCCUGCUGCAGCGUCAGCACUCCUCUCCCCGCUAUGCCUACGCUUUCGAGGAGCGCAGUCUGCGCCGGCUCACCAAGAGUCCUGACAGUGGCCUGGACUGUGGCAGCGAGGAGGAGGGCUCUUUGGGGUACAGGGGUUACCCCCACGGCAGCCCCAUGAGGGGCCAUAUCCGCUACAUCCACAGUGAGGGGCCGGUAGAACGAAGGGCCCUGGCUGCAGGCAGGAAGAAACAGCUGACACGGCAGUGCAGCAUGGAUGAGGACUACUGUGACAGCCCUAAGACGGGCCACCUGUCUGACCUGAGGAACAGGGAGGUGCACUACGGGCCAACGCGGGAGCCAGGGCAAAGCCCCAGACACGGAGCCCUGAGCGAGGGCAGGCUCCACGAGCUGGACAGGGCCUAUCACAGGGACCUUAGGGCCAGCUAUGUGAACAGGCUCAACAGGGUCUCGGACCAGCCGCUGAUUAUAGGGAACUCCCCCUCCCAUGGAUGCUCCCAUGGUGACCGGCUGGACCAUUCAGGGAGGAGGCCGGUCCACGGCGGCAACCCCCCACAGCGACGGCCCAUGAUGGUUCCUUCCAUUGAUGGGUACGGCGGGCAGGGCCGCGGGCGCCGGUCGCCAGAGUACUACGAAGAGUCAGAGCCAGAGGACCUGGCGCGUAUAUUUGUGGCCCUGUUUGACUACGACCCUCUGUCCAUGUCCCCCAACCCUGAUGCUGCUGACGAGGAGCUGCCCUUCAAAGAGGGCCAGAUCAUCAAGGUGUUUGGGGAUAAGGACACGGAUGGUUUUUACAGGGCAGAGAUCCGUGACCGUCCAGGUCUGAUCCCCUGUAACAUGGUGUCAGAGAUCCAGACUGAGGAUGAUGAGAUGAUGGACCAGCUACUCAAACAGGGCUUCCUCCCACUCAACACUCCUGUAGAGAAAUUAGUGAACUGCGACCGCUUCAAAGAUGGCCGCUCAAUAAACCGCAGGUCCCGAAAAUCCAAGCGAGAGAGGAACAGGCGGAGUGGGCGUCAGCACCCCUCGUCCACACGUAGAAUGGUGGCCCUGUAUGACUACGACCCCAGGGAGAGCUCCCCCAACGUGGAUGUGGAGUAUGGGAGAGACAGGCUGAAUGAGCAGGCUGAACUGACAUUCUGCGCUGGUGACGUCAUAACAGUUUUUGGUGAAAUUGAUGAAGAUGGGUUUCAUUAUGGCGAGCUCAAUGGACACAAAGGUCUUGUUCCCUCCAACUUUCUAGAAGAAGUGCCUGAUGAUGUUGAGGUUUUUCUCACUGACACUCCAUGUGGAGAUUCUCGAUACCCCCAGGACGCUGCAGCGCGGAUAAAGACCAAAAGGGUUCCGUUGGAAAAAUCGAGUCCGCCCAGAAGAGCUGUCUACCCCAAAGUGCGCCAACACAUCCCCGGCACUGGCCCUGCUACCGUGGGGCCUGGCAGUCCCAUCAGGGGCCCCCGCGACUUGUCCUCCAAAAAGAAAAAGGGACUACUCUCCAAAGGGAAGAAACUAUUGAAAAGACUUGGCACUGUAAAAUAACCCCUUCAUAUACUUGAAGUAUAUUACCAACCACAUCAUAGAGGGCUCUAUUCAAUCUGUAAUUCUGAAGCGGUACAGAUUCCGUGAUAGAAAUGUAAAGGUCAUUUCUGAUUGCGGUGCAAGAGGGCUGGCUUUUUAACCCCCCUACCAUGAAUGCAGUCUCCGCUAAAGCGGGUACAUUGCCUUUAAAUUUCAAUCACGCUGAAAAGCUGAAUUUCCUCGAUGCGGAUUGAAUAGAGCCCUAAAUCUCAAACACUUCCAUUACUGUAAAUUCAGUCCUGUGAGAAGAAAAAAUCCAGUGGUCUAAGAUUUUGAUGGCAUUUGAUAACCAGUCAGUUGCUGUACUCUUACACAUCUGUUGUUGUCUACUACAAACCAUUUAUUUUUUAAUUGAAGUAUGUAUUUUGAAUACAGUCCAGGGAACUCAUAGUUUGACAUUUAAUGUCAUAAGCCAACCUCUGGUCAUGUAUAUUUUGCUAUCUGAAGCACAGGAUUGCAAUGCGAUGGGAUAAAAUAUUCUCAAUUUUGAAUUGGACAAUAGUACGUAGGUGUGUGUUUGACUGAAGACAACAAUGUCCCCCAGAAUAUGAGGUGUUUAAACCAGUCUCUUUAGGGCUGAGAUCAAACAAUAGAGCUCAGAAUGGCCAGUCAACAUCAUACUUGAUGAGACUACUACUGGUGGCCCAUCCUAACCAUACACUUCAUGUUGUAGUACCCAAAAUGAGGGAAGGAAAAGAGCAGUUUUAUGGCCAGGCAGCUGAGGUCCUUGUAUGGGAGGUUUGCAUGUUUUACCUGAAAGCACAUCCAGAAUGAUCAUUCCCACCCAACGUUUGAAGCAUAUGCUAACUGAUGGCCUUUUCUAUCAGAACAUGUUAGCAAGGCACAUGUGCAUGCUUUGUCGGUGCAUUUGAUGACAGAAUCUACACUGUUUGAGCAAAAUGUACUAAAUGAAUUGCAGUAGUGAAAAGCAUGUCAUCGUUUUCUUUACCUCCAUACAGAAUAUUCCAUACAAACCUAAUUGUCAGAUUGGUUCUCAGUUCAACUCAAGCCCAGGUACACAUUUGACUAGUCACGACCAGGAUCUGUGCAGUGGUAAAAUAUGCUACAUCUCCAGAAAGACCGAAGUCAGAUAAGCAAGUAUCAAUUCCUAACAGCAAGUAUUAGUUCUUCAAACACACCAAAAGACCUCUGGACAAGCACAUUAGAUAGGAAAGGGUUUCAAGAUUCAGUUUCUUUAUUUUUUAAGUAGUUGAAUGGUCAUGAAAUGCCUAGUUGAAACCAACCUCCAUGUAUUUGCCUUAUAAAUGCACAAUUGUUUGUGUCCAGUCAGUGGAGAGUUUUUAUGUCCUGUAUGCAUUCAUGUCAUUGCAAUACUUCUGAAAAUGAAAUAUUUUUGCAGAAGAUGUUUAUCAAAGCUCGUGAUGUGCAUUUUAUUACUUGUAAGAGUGUCAUGUUUUCCGGAGGACCUGAGCAUUAUUAGCUUGUUUGAAACUUCAGAAGGCCCAACUUUACACUCUUCAUGUUCUGUCCACAUUAAAAUGACAAAAAGAAAAAAAAGAAGUGUGGUGAAAAUGUAAAGGUGUGUUUAAUGUUUUUUUUUUGUCAGUACAUUGUCACUAUUUUGGCACAAAAAAUUCAAGGCACUUUUAUUUUGUUCUUCAUGUUAUAUACAGUACUUGCAAUGUGUUCGUUCUGCAUUCACAAUCCCAUUUUGACAUAGGUUUGUGUACAAGACAAUGGCCAAGAAGGAAAUGCAAUUGAAGGCCGGUUCAAUCAAAACUGUUUCCAGGAUAAGUUUAAAUCAGCAUUCUUCCUGUGCAACAACAAAGCAUGGUGUGAAUUAAUGUGCAGUUGGUUUUCAUUUUGUUUAAAACAAAACAUUUUUGUAGAGUACACUCCAAAGGUGCAUUUUUGCAGUAGGAGAAUGUUGUUUUUGACUUAUCCCAGACACAAGGUUUGAUAGAAUAACCUUUUUUGGAUGUAAGUCAUAUUAAGUUAUUUUUGUUUCAUAGAAAUUGUGAUUUCAACAAAACAAGUCUACCUCCAUAAUGACCCCUAGAAUUCCAACUAAUUUGACUACAUGUUCACAGAAGCCAACUCCAUUUCAUUUAUGAAUCUGAGCUCUUUCUGUUUGCCCAGAAGUACUGCGUUUGUGUCAGCCCCCAACAUAGAGUAGUGAAUGUAUGAUUCAUUGAAAGCCAAUGUAUUAUAUUUAUCAAAACUAUCCAUGAUGAGUAUGCAGAUAUCCAGCGUUUUCUAGUCCAGUUUGUAUGUGAAAUGAAACCUUUUUCCAUCUGUUAAUAACUACUUACACUAUUUUGUUAAUCAUUUCAUCCUUCCAUUCAAUUUACAUCACUGUUUUUUUUAACUACUACUUACAUGAGAUUUGAACUGAGACUGCCAAAAAAGAAUGUAUCAAAAGCAUUCUGUAUAACUUUCUGUACAAUUCUCAGCCAAAUAGGCAUUUCAAUCUACAGUUUAUAGAUGUACAUUUUUUCCAUAAUAAGUUGUCCGUCAUUGCUUCUAUACAUAUUGUUUGAAUGACUUGCUCUUUUUGUACUUUGUCCAUUUGUAAAUUGUUUUUAAAUGUUUAUACUUGAUUUUCAGACUGCCUUUUUUGUACAUAAAAAUUUAUAAUCAAACAGUGCAAAGCUUUCCCCAUGGUGUCUUCAAAACCAUGUUUUAAAAGUCUGCAAUUGUGUGCUAGCUUUAUGAAAAGAAAUAGCCUAUAUUGGUGGUUACAAAAUAUUGUGUGGGUGUGCAUGUGCAAUUUUUUUUAUAAAACAAAUUUGAUAUUUUGUAA